AAAAGUGGCAAGUGGCAAGUGGAAGUACCAAAAUAUGUUGUGUCACUAGUACUAAUCGCAAGUUAGCUGCCCGUUUGGCUGCAGAUUUUCGUCAAAGUUCGCUAUUCGUGUUGGUUUUUGUUGUUUUCGCCUCUCUCGACAGCCCGCUUAGGCAGUGUGUGUAUACAUAUCAGCGCUUGCACACCGACAACAGGGACGGGCGCGUGUAUGAGUGUGGUUAAUUUUGCCGUGUUGCCGAACAUCUGUAUCUGUAUCUGUGGCAGCCAAUAGUUGUGGCAAGGCCCUCGAGCAACUCACAACACAACCCAUAGCAUCAGCAUCCCCAAUAAGUGGCAGCAACUACGCCGCAUGGCAGAGCACCAACGGCCGCAUUUGUUGUUAAUUGAAAUAAAUUGAAAUAAAUUCCCCGACAUUGCUGCUCAUAUUGUUAAUAAAGAGUAGCCGGAGCGACGCACCAGCGAAUCAGAAGCAGUAAACAAAACUGUGAGCAAAAGUGGUUUUAGUUCCAUUCCAGGCGUCCUACGACUUUGUGUGCAAACGACGAAGUAAGAGAACAUCUAAGGAAUGCCGAGCGAAUAAAGUGAAUAACAUUGGUAUCACAAGCAAUUCGUGGCAGUAACGAAAAAGAGCACAGGCGUUUAUUUAUAGUCCACAGUGUGUUCCCAUUAGUGAUUGUGUGACGUGCUGUGCAUUGCAAAUGAGUUCAAGCUGCAGACGAAAAGUAUGAGGCGUCUUACCAAUGCCAAUCCUUGUAUAGUAUAAUUACCUCAACUAUCAGAUCGCUCGCAGAUACACAGUAGCAGCUGAAAUCCCUUGAUCGUCCCAUGAAAUCGUAUGUAAAUACUUUUCCGCCGACUCAGAUUCCCAGAACGCCAGUGUUUACACUAUUCGAUUAUUGUUUAGCUAACAGCCUCUUAUGCGAACUUCAACUUGUAUACAAGUGAAAUACAUACAUUACUUGGCGGUGGAGGUGGGGUUUGGAUUAUUGUGUGGUCUGGUUUAUGCAUAUUUCAUUUGUUCCCUCUAUUCUCCCAGACUCGGUGGAACCCAUGCUCCCAAAAAUCAAAUGUAUUUAACUGUGUGCGUAUGCGAUAACGAAAACAAGUACCACAACUCCUGCUGGGGUCAUUGCACUCAAGGUGCGUGGGUGCGUGAACCAACACUUUUGAACGCCUAAGCACCCACCCAAGAAAGGCGCCGGAAACGCAGCAUCCGGUGACACAGGACAUGCGCAGUGGCCUUUUUGGUAGUUGAAUUUUGGUCAACAGCGUCUGAAAGAGCUGAGAGCGGAGGACCAUGGCCUUUUCCCGUCACAACAUCGAGAAGCGCCGACUCAUCGAGCUCGUGCGACUCAACCCUAUCCUCUGGGACUGCCGCCUGCCGCACUACAAGCGCUCGGACAAGCGAAAGGCCAUCAAAUGGAACGAGCUGGGGCGGCUCUUCAACGUCAGUGGCGAGCGGGUGCAGCGUACGUUUACUUCGCUCCGCGAGAUCUUCCGCCGGGAGCUGAACCACGAAAAGAUGCUGGGCACUACGCGUUUCAAGUCCAAGUGGGAAUACUACGAUGCCAUGGCCUUCCUCAAGGAGGUCAUUCGGGAGCGCAAAUCCCGCGAGCGCAUCAAACACGGUUCUUUGGAUCACGCACCAUUGACCACAGGCAACAACAACAACAGCAUCCACAACAACAGCAUCAACAGCACCAACAACAACAACAACAACAACAACAACAACAACAACAACAGCGUAAGCCGCAAUAGCAGCAACAACAACAGCAACGGUGCGGUCCUUGACGAAUAUCAAUACUUUGCUCCCAGCGACCCCAACAACCCGAACAAUCAGCCGCAGCCCGACCUAAAGAGUAGUCUGGCAGUGACUACUACCAGUCUAGGUCUCAAACUUAGUCAGUUGCCAGCUGCCCUGCAGCAGCAGGCCCAGCACCUCCAAGCCCUACAGUUGCAACCGGACGUGACACUGACCUCCCUGCAGAAACAGCCUCUGGCCACUUCCACUUCCAUUAUCACACCCGUGCCCUUAGCACAAACCUCGCCCGCCCAGGUGUUGUCCAGCUCGCGCUCCUGCAGCUCUUCGCCUUCCAUCUACAUAAAGGACGAGCCGUGUUCUCCGUUAGGGGGUUGCCCGGAAGAAAGGAUGACUGGAAAUGGUUUAGAGGCGACGCGGAAGAAGCUGGCCACGAUUCGUCCGCAGACCAAACAGCAACUUAAAGCGCGUCUGCAGCUGCCCACGCCCAAAAACUCAUCCGCGUACGCUACGUCACCGCCACAUUUGAUCAUUAAUGCCAACAACGAGCUUAUUGACACCGACGCCGGGGACCUGGAGGAGGACCUGGACGACUUCGACGAGGACGACGACGUGACCGGACACUGCUCACCAAUCGUCGGUCAGUCGGACAUGAUGGGUGCCGACGGCAGACUCUCGGUCGGAAGCAUUUAUAUCGGAGAUGAUGGUGACUGUGGAAGAGGUCUGGGUAGAGCACACACUCAAGCGCGACACGUGCCUACCUCCAGAGAGCUGCUCUACAUGAAAUUCGGUGAAUUUCUUGCCGCCAGAUUGAACACUUUGCAUGAGACUGUAGCUAAUGAGCUGAUGAACAAGAUGCUGCUGCUAAUCGCAGAAAAGUGAGGAAAGCGGGAAUCGAUGUCAGCUCCAAAAUUAUGGGAUUCGGAGUGGCGUAGCUAAUGAAGGAAAUAUUGGCAACCGCAUAUUCACUUUGCAUAUUGACACGUCUCCUGGUCAGCAUGAGUAAUUUAUUAUUUUGCAGGCCAAGUCUCAGGGCGCCAGAAGGGAAGCCCAGGCAGAGGAUGCUGGAAGCCUUGCAUGCCAACGGCCAGUGGGACACAUUACCACAUCAUUACGAGACCGCGGGGAACAACUUGACCUCCAAAAGGGCCAAAAGCUGCAGUUCCGGCUCCGAUUACCAAGGCGACGACAUCCCAUUAAGUUGCACGAAUGAAGUCUGUACUAUGUGCCAUAUAAGCAACUCUAAAGCGUAUAAUAGUCUAUUAUUAAAAUCAAUGGAGUAGUCCUUAAAUCAAAACAGUUCACAAAAUGUGACAAAUAAAAUUACACAA